UGAUAGAAGCAUCAGUUGUUUUGCUUCAACUCAUGUACCUAAUACAAAAAAGAUUAGAUUAUGUAACUACAUAUGUACCCCGGUAUUUAUAUGGGUUCGGGUCAGGUGGCUCGAUAAGUGUUCUUCGAUAAUAACAACAGUAGGUAAUAUUAUUUUUGCCAAACGGACGGAUGGAAUUGGUGGUAGGAAUUUGUUGAAUACAUGUACCGUAGGUACAUACCUACAUAUAUAUGGAGCAGCGACAGGAAUGUCGGGCCCCCAAAACGCCGAUAAUGCCACCUUGGCUCUUAGCGUUGUCCCGCAGCUUGUCGCAUGUACCAAAUAGCUUCAAUGACGAAUCAACUCUCCUAAGUGAACAACCAGCAUUCCUUCGUCCAAUUCGCGAUAUAUCUCCCUCCCUUAAAUCCAUAUGAGAUAACCUCAUACGAAGCGGCAGCAUGUGCCGUCACCAAGUUCUUCUUGUUCUAGGCAGCCUGCUGGGACUCAGCCAAGCUCGCCAGCCUGGUUUCAGUAUUCAUCACGACCUCUUAGCAUAUCCUCAGUUCCAAGUAGUCUUCUCCGAGUCAUACAUAUCGGAAACCGAAGCACAAGUUCUAGUCGAAAAGACAAACCCUUCUCAUCCUAACUACGAAGCCGAGUUCGCCGGCGAGACCGAUCUUACCUCGAAUAUUCGGAGUGCUGGUGGUAAUUACGAUAACAAUGGCAACCCCAAUGGCGACGGGAAAAUCGCAGAGUCCUACGAGAUUAUGGCCCUCCCGCCUCAUCGCUACCUAUGCGCUAUACCUGUGAUCGAAUCCCCACCCGCGCCGAACAAGACGGCCACUGAAUUAGCUAAGGCGGAGGAAGCCAGAGAGCUUGCAAGGGCAUCGGCUCACGGGUGGGAUUUAAUAAGCGGUCUCGAUGGCACCUGUCUCUAUUAUAUGUCUGGCUGGUGGAGCUACAGCUUUUGCUACGGUCGCGACGUCGUGCAAUUUCAUGCGCUUCCUGCUAGUGUCAAAAGCGGACCGCCUAUGAGAGACCCUAAUACGGCAGAGUAUGUCCUUGGGAGAAUACCCGAUCCGCAUUCACCUCCGCGCGGUUCUCGUCGCAGCCAGUCGAACCCACCAAAUGACAAAGGACAGUCCACUACGACACCGCCAAAUACGGAGCUUCAGGUUAAGGGUGAUCAACGAUAUCUUGUCCAGAAGAUGGGCGAUGGUACUAUAUGCGAUCUGACUGGCCGUGAACGAACUAUCGAAAUACAGUACCAUUGCAGCCCGGGUAGCACGCAAGAUCGUAUUGGCUGGAUUAAAGAGGUGACCACGUGCGCCUAUCUCAUGCUAGUCAACACGCCUAGACUAUGCGUCGAUGUUGCUUUCCAACCGCCUAAGGAGGAGAGGGCAAACAUCAUUAGCUGUCGCGCUAUGGUGUCGGAGGCAGAGCAGGCGAGUUGGCACGCGCAAAAAACGUUAGAAGCACAGGCGGCCAUGGUGGGUCAAACAAAAGGAGAAGCAAAAGCUCCUAUCACUAUCGGUGGUGUUGUCGUUGGAGGAAGGCAACUGCUCGGCCGAGGCGAAGAUGGAAAGGAAGCACAUAAAUUGGCUCCGCCACGAAACUUCCGUAACCCGAACGUAGCACCCUUGAUCGAAGUAGUGGCCAAGGGGGCCAGCAAAGAAGAAGGAAGCAAGGUCGACAUACUCACCGAUGAGGAACUUGCCAAACUAGAUCUCAGUCCUGAGGUAAUCGACGAGUUAAAGCGAGAAUUGCAGAAGCUCGCCGGAGACAGGGGUUGGAAGCUCGAGGUCGUCGAAAUGCCAGGCGAUCCGCGCGAAAUCCGCGGGGUAGUCGACACAGACGAGAAAUCUGAUGGAGACGAAGAGGGAGAUGGCGAGGAUAUGGGGAGCGAAGAGAAGUUUUUCAAGGAAGAACUUUGAGAUAUUGGGCAUUAGCAUAGCAAAUGGCGUUACGUAAGUAAGAUUAAUUGUAUUUGGAAGACCAACCCGGUGGCCUCUUCUUUUGUGAUCCACUUCAUCGGUUGUGUUCCGCCAGCGGCAUUAGUAUCUACACACAUGUGUCGACGGUGU